CCCCUCCUUCCCCGCAUUCAAUGCAAGAUGAGGCUAUUUAACUGAGCUUGACAGAAGGGAUCUGUAUGGGAAUGAUUGCCUCAAUUUUUAUCAGCAACGCAAUCAGCUAUCAUGGCUCCUACAUUCCGCGCAGAACAAAUCGGGUCGUUGAUGCGGCCCGAGGAGCUGUUGGCUGCCCGUAACGCCGCCGGACUGGGGCGCAUCUACACCCGAACCAACGUGCCGGAAGAUGUGCAGCAGGCGACGAAACAGGCGAUCGCCAAGGUGGUGGAGCAGCAGCAGGCGCACAAGGUGCGCCCUAUCAUGACCGGAGAGUUUGAGCGGCCCAUCUUCUAUGCCGGAUUCUUUGAGAACCUGGAGGGUUUCGAGUUGACCAAGGUCCCCAUUCCUGCAGGCUACCGCACGGGGCUUCCAACCGUGCAGACGCUCGAGAAGCUGGGCAUCAAGGAACGGGAUGCCUGCGUGGCUGUGGGCAAGAUUCAGCACGUGCGCAGCCCGUACCUGGCCGACUGGGAGCACCUGCGGAGUCUGGUGCCACAGGAACAGUGGAAGGAGUGCAAGAUGAGCAUGCCGUCUAUCACUUGGCAGCACCAACAUUUGCGCGCGGGGGCCGCCUACACGGCUUCUAGUUCGUACACGACCGACAAAGAGUACUUUGCAGACCUUGCAACGGCCUUUGCACGCGAGUACCAGGUCCUUUACGACGCGGGACUGCGCUCCAUUCAGGUUGACGAUCCGGCCAUGACAUUCUUUGUCACGGACGAGAUGCGAUCGGGGUGUCUGGCGGAUGGGAUUGACCCGGAUGAACUACUGGACCUGUAUAUCUGGGCGCACAACGAAAGUCUCCGGGACCGACCCGCAGACCUUCAUGUCGGAGUGCACCUCUGUCGGGGCAAUAUGCCUGGGUCAACGCACGUACUCAGCGGGUCGUAUGAGCGGAUCGCGCGACGCAUGUUCACUGAGCUCGACUACGACACAUUCUACCUCGAGUACGACACGGAGCGCGCGGGAGAUUUCCAGCCGCUGCGGCAUUUGCCGGUGGGCAAGAACGUGGUGCUGGGAGUGGUGUCGACGAAGGCACCGGAAUUGGAGACGGUAGAGGAGCUGCAAGCGCGUGUGUAUGAAGCGGCGGAUGUGAUUGCACAGGGGCAAGGCCGGAGUCGGCAAGAGGUUCUCGACAGCUCGCUUGGAGUGAGUCCGCAGUGUGGCUUCUCAAGUGUGAGCUAUGGUCGGGGAAUUGGAAUGACGGAGGAGCGCAUGUGGGAGAAGCUGCAGCUGGUGCAGAAAGUAGCCGAGCGGGUGUGGCAGUAAUCUAGAGUAGUGUGUAUGCGCUUCACUAUAUUCAAAUG